UGUCACACAUUGAAACGGCAGAGCAGCGAAUACGGAGGAUCUAGGGUUUCCUGGUAUCUCUCCGUUACUAGUUAUUGCUCAAUGAAGUUAUAUAGAAAUCUAUAUAUCUGAUCAGUCUUUCUGGCCUCUCCCUCUACGGUUCUAUCCUGUAAAAAUCUUACGGUUAUUAGGGUUCUCAAAAUUGGGUAAGAGAUUUUUAAAACACAGUAGUCAUAAGAAGCGUCUAGUUGGGGUUUCGAAUCUGACAGAAACCCUAAUAAAGGAAAUUCUUGCAUUGAAAAAAAAAAAACAGUACUUGUACUAUAAAAACAUAUACUGAGAAUCGAAGCUGGAAAAGAAGUUAUUUUGAGAAUAUUGUAAAUAUGCGAGGAUUGCACAAAUCGAAAAGGGUUUCUUGGGCAUCAGAUGUAAAUCUUUGUCAGGUGAGGCUUUUUUUGUCGGAGGAGUCUCCUUCACAAGUUGGGUUAGGUGCCCAGGAGCACCUGCAAGCAAAGUCUUCAUGGCCAAUGCAUUCAAAUGGAGUGGUCAGUGAUGAGUUUCUUCCUCCUGGUUUCGAGGGAACUCAUCCUCCAAACCAGUUACAAAUUAAAUUGUCUGAAAUUCCUCUAAUCAAAUGGAGAUGUCCUCCCAGGUUUCGUUUGGACCUUAAUUGGCAAGUGGUUGCUGGGGAUGAAAGCAAAGAGGUGGAGAUUCAAAAUCAAAGAGAGAUGAGAGUGCUUGAAGCUGUUUAUCCUCGUCCAUCUGCCAUUCCUCCAAACCCCUCUGUCUCAGUGGACAUAGAAUGUGCGCAUUACAAUGAUCAGCAAACUCCUCUGAUACCCAUUACUCCCAUUGAAGAUGAAGAAGCUGCAGCAGACACACCAUCUGGUUCAGUGGCAUCAUUUAAUGUUUCGAUGAGCUCACAGCCCCCACUUUUGCCUCCUGGAAUUCCAGCACCUCCUCCGGGUAACAUACUUGGUGUGUCAAACACUGCUGUCAAUGAGAAACCAGCAGCAUCUGGAAUGGCCUUGGGUGUUGACCCUGAAGUAGUUGCUGCUGCAUCUGCUGCCUUGAAUGAAAUGACAAAGAGCAAUGAGCAUGUCAAUUUGAUUGACCAUGACUUGCUCAUUAAAAUCCUCAGCAACCCAAAAUUGAUCGAAAAAUUAGUGACUGAUCAUGGAGCUGCCUCCAAACUGCAGAAUAUACCCAAGCCAACUUUGCCUCCAGUAUCAUUGUCAGAUCAUCCUCCUGUUCCUCCUGUUCCUCCUGUUCCUUUAACCGACCGACCUCCUUUUCGUGUGAACAUGAUGGAAACAAGUUCACCUUCAAUAGUGGCUACUUCAAGUGGAGCUUUUUAUACUCAACCAAAUGGGGUUGGAGUGGGGCAUCCUCCUAAUGCAUGGGUUAAACCACCACCUGGGGUUAUUCCAUCUUCAUCUUCGGCUUCCUGUGGGGUUUCUCAAACAAAAGACAUGAACUACUAUAAGAACUUGAUUCAGCAGCAUGGUGGGGAAAGACAAGAAAUUCCACAGACUCAGCAAUUUGGUAGCCGAUACAUUCACCAUUCAGGAACCAACCAAGAAUUAAUAAAUAACCCCAAAUCUAGAGAUUCGAAGCCCAAAAUAAUGAAGCCUUGUAUUUAUUUUAACAGUUCAAGGGGAUGCCGUCAUGGGGCCAAUUGUGCAUACCAGCAUGAUCCAUCGUCCCAGCAACGGGGCAGUAACAUACCUGAGAUGCAAAAUGCCAAGAGAAUGAAAAUGGAUAGGGAGAUUAGCAGUUAAAAAAUCCCCCAAAAAAAGAAAAAAAUAUCACUUUUGGCUUGCUCUUGUUGCAAAUAGUGUAAUUUCAUUUCAAUACUUUUUUUGUUGCAUUUAUAAUCAGGAUUUGAGUUACGGGAUGAGAAUGAGGAUCUUGUAUUUGACGAUCUCAACCGAGGAUUUUCAUUAUUGUCAUGACAUAUUAUCUCCUAAGUUUCAUUUCCCUCGGAGUGGUCUUUAUUAUUAUUUUUAAUUAUAAAUAAAAUUUAUCUUCUUCCA